CAUUCUCGUGUCCAUUACGGUAAAAAUGCGGGAAACAGGAAGUGGAUUUAAAAAAGGCCGCGGACGUUUUUUUUUUUUUUAUUGUUUCGAAGAGGAUGUGUUUGCUGAAAUGACUGAAAGCGGCACUCAGCUGUUAGCUCGUCUGGAGGCUCGUCGCUGUCUGAAGGACGUCGAACCUCGUCUGUUUCCCGAAAAUGGAGGACCCAGGAAAGGUGAGGUGGUCGAGCUCUAUGGGACAGAAGGAACAGGUAAGACAGAGCUGCUCUACCACUUCCUGUGUCGCUGCAUAUUGCCACAGGCAGCUGGUGGUCUGGAGACAGAUGUCAUGUUCGUGGACACUGACUACAGUCUUGACAUGUUACGACUUGUCGGUAUCCUGGACAGCAGACUGAACAGAGCUCUUUCAACUGGCACACCAUCAGCCGGUGCAGACGAGGCAGCACUGUAUUCGUGUCUGUCCCGCCUUCUGGUUGUUCACUGCUCGUCCACCUCACACCUCCUUCUCACUCUCCACUUCCUGGAGACCUCUUUGGCAUCACGCCCCAGCCUGUCAUUCCUCCUUAUCGACAGUAUCUCUGCUUUCUAUUGGCCAGACCGCUGCGAGGGUGGGGCCAGCAUUGCCAAGCAGGAGGAGAAGCUUGGCAAGUGUUCAGACCUGCUGGGCCGGCUGCUCAGGGAUUACAGAAUUACUGUUUUUGCCACCUGCCACGCCAUCAGGAGCUGCAGACCCUCCUCUGCUGCUGCCUCUACAGAGUCUGACCGACCGUACCUCUGUCGUCCCUGGCAACGGCUGGUGACCCACCGGCUGCUGUGCUCCCAGCAGGAGGUCGCAGACAACAUGACUGUUGCAGUAGGACAGCAGGUCUUCACCGUCCACUGCACCUCCUCCUUUUCCACUAGGACAAAGGCUUACAGGAGCAACUCCUUCUAUGUGUUGGAUGGAGGAGUGACAUUCAUCUGAACUGUAACAUCAACUGUGAAUUUUUUGUUUUUGUUUAAUAAAUGUGAAUUUAAUG